CCUAGGUACGAAUCACAUGUCUAAACUCGUGAAUAACUUGUCACGUGCAGUAGCUUGGAAUGCCCCGCCACGGAAGCUUCGAGUGCAAGUGGGAUCUUCAACCACGUUUAUUAUUACCCGACAACCAAGCUCGCUCACGCAUACAUACACUUCCCGCUCAAAACUCUUCAACUCGCUCCUGCUACUUUCAUUUUAUCACCAUCACAUAUCAAAUUGCCGUCAUGGCAACCGCUCAAUCCAAGAAGCGCCUCGCGCUUGCGAUCCUCGACUUCCUCCAGACCUCGCAGAAGGACGGUUCUGUCGCCCCCGAAGAUGCCGAACAGCUCGAAGUAGCCGCAAACUGCAUCGCCGAUGCUUUCAAAGUCGACGUCGACGACAAGGCGGGCAUGCAAGAUGCGUUAGGCGGACAGAACCUACUGGCCAUAUAUAAUGUGUACGAGAAGUUGAAGGGCAAGACAACCCCGUCGACAGAAGGAUCUUCAUCGGCCUCGGAAGCUCGUCCUGCAACGCCCCAAGUGGCCAAAGAAGGCUCUGCUGCUGGUGUGCCAAACAAGGCAGAGGGAGAGAGGUUAAAGGGUCUCGGUAAUGAGGCAAUGAAGAAGAAAGACUACGCUUCCGCUGUCAAGCACUACACGGCUGCGCUCGACGUGGUUCCGCUAAACCCCAUCUAUCUAUCCAACCGCGCGGCCGCAUACUCAGGCAUGAGCAAACAUGAAGAGGCGAAAGGCGAUGCGGAGUUGGCAACUGCUGCGGAUCCUAACUAUUCCAAGGCCUGGUCACGCCUGGGAUUGGCAAAGUUUGUCCUUGGAGAUGCAAAGGGUGCUAUGGAAGCAUACAAGGCCGGCUUGGAUGCGGAUCCCAGCUCCGAGGUUAUGCGCAAGGGUUAUGAGACGGCCAAGAAGAAGGUCGAUGAUGAGGGUGGUGAUGUCGCUGCGGCGGAAGCAGAUGCAGCUCGCGGUGCAGCCAACGCCGGAGGGAUGCCCGACCUUUCCUCGCUGGCCUCGAUGUUUGGAGGAGGUGGUGCUGGUGGCGCAGGAGGUGGCAUGCCCGACCUCUCUGCUCUUGCGGGUAUGAUGGGUGGAGGUGGUGGCGGAGGUGGUGGUGGCAUGCCUGACAUGAGCCAACUACUCCAGAACCCGAUGAUGAGACAGAUGGCACAAAACGUAAUGCAGAACCCUGAAAUGCUACAAAACAUCAUGGGCAACCCCAACGUACGAAGAAUGGCUGAGCAGUUCGGUGGUGGACAAGGAGGCGCUGGUGGGAACGGUGGGAGCGGCGGUCCCAGUAUAGCUGACAUGAUGAACGACCCCAGCAUUGCGGAGAUGGCCCGAAGCUUCAUGGGAGGUGCAGGUGGAGCCGGUGGACCUGGAGCCGGCGCUGGCGCUGGCCAGGGCGGUGCCGGUCGAGGAGGGUCGGCGUAGAAUGCUGUGCCAUGCCUGUUGAUGGUAUGUGUUUCGAAAUUCUGUGUAUGACCUUACGGAUAGAUGAAAACAAUGAUACCAAUUCUGUGUUCGUGAGGAGCCAUGGUCUUCGAUUUUGUUGUGCAACUUGCUAAAGCUGCAUGCGUGUCCUGUACUCACAUUACAAUAAUGCUUGAUUCGUGCUCGUGAAGGGUGCUUGGCUCGAAUUUUAAAAGCGCAGCUCGAGGCUGGUUGCCCGUGUAGCUACUCUUUCCUCAAACGAUUUUAGACCGGAGUACUGAUCGUCCAGCGACAUCCACACAAAGUACGCUCAAUUUGUGCUCAAACAGGCACUCUCAACCCCCGGCGUGCCCUCCCCUCAGCAAGCCCCUCCAAGAUUUGACAUCCAAACCCCACAAAACCCUCCUGAC